UUAUAUGCGAUUAAAAAAAUUAUUAAUUAUAGCUUGUUUCAAUCUUCGUGUGGUCAUUUAGUCGUUUGGAUACUAUAGAAAAAUAAAAUAUCAACAAAUAUCUUGGAUCUUUAAAUGCUUUGCUGGACAUGGUGCCUCUUGAAAGAUUAUCACUAAGUAAUCCUCCUCGAUUUUUUUAAAUCAAGGAAAUAAGUCUGUGAUUGAAAUGUUUACAUUUGGGCAGGAACUUUUGUGGAAGCACUGUUUAUCCACUAUUUAACCUUUAAUAGCCAUUGAUUGUUUAUUACCUUCCCAAAAAUCAGAUACAUUGUAAUGUCGUAAAACUUUUCUCAGUGCUGUGAUAGAAAAUUUCAUCAGGCAUACCCUGCAAGUCUGCGUUAUCUGAUUGAUGAGAAUGUGCCAUUCAUGUGUUUGUCAUGUAAAUACGAGUUCACUUGAUGGACACUCGCAACGCCCAAAUUACCGCUGUAGGUCACAGACUAUUGGUGGAUUUUUGGUCACAUGAUCUGUCACUCAGUUGAUAUGUAGCCCGACAGAACUUUUGAGGUUUGACAUACUGCUUAGAGGUGGUAGGGCACUGGGGUAACACGCCGAGGUUUAUUGACCCCCUUUAAAACAAUUACUGGUGGAGCAUUGAAAAUGAAUUCGUACUUAGAUUACACAGUUUACAGCCGUGGACCUAACCAUUUAAAUUCAAAAGUUGGAUGUUUCGGCCUGGAUCAAGAGUACAUGCAAAGUGCUUGUGGGAGCACUAACAGUUGCAUUGCUGAGGGGCGGCCAGUUGGAGGAAACUCGUUUACACCGUCGCUGCACGAAACUCAAGGCAUGAACUAUGCGCACCAGGCAUCCCAGUCAUGCCACAUUAAUCUGGAUCUUGUUACAACAGGCCAUCAAGUAAACUAUGGCAAGCAGAGCCGAUCUCACCUGGACUACAGCCAUCAGGCCAUUCUCAAUCAGGGUGAACAGCACAUGUAUUUGCCGUCCCCUGGCUUUUCUGUGCUGAACAUCGGGAACAACAGUGGGACAGCGGCCGAGUCUAGUUGCAGGCCAGAAGAAAUCACUGUGAGUCAAUAUCCAUCAUAUCCCUACGGAGAAAAAGAUCAACAGCACCAGUACGGGACGUACAGCAAAUAUUCCGGCCUCCAUAAUGACAGUGACAUAAAGAACAAUUCCAACCAAGCACAAACUUUCGACUGGAUGAAAGUUAAAAGGAACCCACCGAAAACAGUUAAAGUUACUGAAUACGGGAGCCAUGGACAGCAAAGUAUUAUUCGCACAAAUUUCACUACGAAGCAGCUCACCGAGCUGGAAAAGGAGUUCCACUUUAACAAAUACCUCACAAGGGCGCGGAGAGUCGAGGUGGCUGCUACACUCGAGCUGAACGAGACCCAGGUUAAAAUCUGGUUUCAGAAUCGCCGAAUGAAACAGAAGAAGCGCGAAAGAGAAGGAACAGUGCCAGUCAUGAAACGAGUAACAGACUGCGCAGCUGGACAAAACUCGAACAGCUCCACCAGCUCAUCUCCAGCUGCAUCUCCGAUCUCAGACUCUUCGAGUGGCAACUGAGGACCUUUAAUAGCAAACAUUCUCCAUAUUACAGUUCUAAAUAAUAAGCCAUAUUGUGCACCAUGGUGUCCUCCAAUUUAGCACGGCGUGUGAUGUGAAAUUAGAAAAGUGUUUUAUACGUGCAUUGUAAAAGAGCCUGCAUGUUUGUAUUGGUGUUGCUGAGGACGUCUACAUAACUUAUUUUUCUGUUACAGACCAAAUGUAAAAAAAAAAAUAAUAAUUUUGGUUUUUGUCACUUUUUCUUUUCUGCAUGGACAUUCUUACUUUUUCAUGAUGCAUGUUACUGCUUCGCAAAUGGCCAAAAAGUUUUAUUGGAUGUAUUUAACUAUGAUGCGAAGCUCAUUGUAACACAAUUUGGCUUUUUUGAAUGAGCAGUUUUAUUAUUUGCACUACAAAUGUACUUUUGGACUCUCGUGUUAUAUAUAUAGGAUCACAAUAUUCGUUUGACCUAUGAAGUAGUAAUAAAUAAAUAAAAUUGUUUUAUUUUUUCUGAA